AGACCUGCAACCAUCCUGGUCAGAAUCACGCAUCACCUCAGCUGUGUUAUGCCGUUUUUUACCUGAGCUAUUUCGUGCAACAACUCUUCCCCAAUUAUCAAUGAAAAGCAAAAUGGACAACCGAAAACUGAGGUCGGAUUAGGUUUCCGUCGGCCUGCAAAGGGUCGGUUACUGUAGCUUUUUCUUUAGAGAAGGUGAUCAGGGACCGGCAGAUCGAAGGGAGAGAGAGGGGGAUUUUGGAGAGGGGAUUGAGGAGAGAGCAGAGAAGAAAUUGAAAGAACCUAGUGGUGCCAUAGCCGUAGAAGGAUCUAAGGAGAAUGAGAGUCUUCUCUGGGUAAUCGAACCAAACGGCACUAAAGAAAGGAGAAAUCAGAGCAGGAGAUCCGAUCGGAGGAGUUGCAUAAGAUCGCGGAGGCUGUUGAUAAUUGCAUUAUAAAUCAACAAAAGCUUCAAUUACUUCUCCUCCGCUGUCUCCAGCGAGAACCAAAUUGCCUGCUUAACUCUUUUUUUAAGGCAAGGCUUGUGAGUAUUGGUUGCUGAAGAACUGACUUGGGUAUAGAGAUUGGUUUGGUUGCUCUGCUCUUGUUCUACUUUGUUCCUUUUUGUUUAGAAUUUUCUGUUCAGGAUUUGUGUGACUGUAACUUUGUUCUGAUGCCAUGAUUUACCAUGACUAGUUGGAGAAAAUGCUUUUGACAUUUCUCUGUCUCAUUCUAGAAAAUGCGCAGGAUUUUGAUCUACUUAAUGAUAUGCUUGUUCAUGGUUUCUUUGCUGCAAGGCUUGUUCUCUUUGCCAAGAGUAUGGGUUGCACAAGAACUGUAACGUUGGAAUAGGGAUUGAUUUGUUUGCUCUACUCUUGUUCUUCUUUAUUCCUUUUUCUCUAGAAAGUUUCUUUUUAAGGUUACUGUGACCAUAAGUUUGAUAUGCUGCUGUGGUUUACUGUGACUAUAACUUUGAUAUGUUUUCUGCAGUAUGUUUUUAAGCUGUUGGGCUAAAAUGCACUACAACUCAAAAUGUCCUCUAAGGGGUAAAUGUCGCUUCAUUUGCUUUUCAAAGUGUUUCUUCAAAACUCCUUAUUAAUUUUGUUGAUAUUGUUGUUAUAAGCUGAUAAGUAUUUGUUUUAUACCAUCAUCAAUAUUCUUAGUUCUGUAGUUUUGGACAAAUUAUCGUUUUUGGUCCAAAGUGCUAUUGUAACCUUCAGCUAGACUUCUCAAGAUGGCUAAGAGUAAAAGGAAGAUUUCUGGAGAUUUCUUUCUAUGAUUACCAUAUUAGGAAUUAGUGAACAGAAUGUAGAAAAAAAAUAAUUUAAUGUUUAGGAUCAGUGAUUUGUCUUAUAGUUUUGACUAGAUGAAUGUAUACAAGCUAUAGAACUUUCGGCAGCUACAGGUGUAAAAUGUAGUAUUAGGAGAUGGAGAUCAAAGGAAACCAGGGAGAUCCUGGAUUAUAUUACCAGCGGUAUUGCUUCACUUUUUAUUGGGGCUGGUUUAUGGCUGCUGAAAGAUCUUGUCAUCUGGUCAAUUGCUCAUUCUUUCCAAAGUGAAAACUUCUUUGACAGGAUUCUGAAAGCAAUGUUUCAUCAAUCUGUAAUUAAGAAUCUCAUAGACUCUUCUCCAUGGUUUAUGAAACCUUAUAAGAAACACAUGAGAGGAUA